CACGUUAUAAUGAUCAUCUAAUUUAUGAAAAAUAUAAUUAAGAAAACCAUCAUCAACAAACACCAACGAAAUAUUGAUCUCUUUUCUCUGCAUCUUCUCCAUGAAUAGAGUUUUGACCUCCCUUUAACGCCACGAGAAAAAGAAAUGGCGGACGAUGACUACGAUUACUUGUUCAAGGUCGUUUUGAUUGGGGAUUCUGGUGUCGGUAAAACCAAUCUAUUGUCACGAUUCUCAAAAAAUGAAUUCAGCCUCGAGUCCAAAUCCACCAUUGGGGUUGAGUUUGCCACUCGUAGCAUUAACGUCGAUGACAAGAUCAUCAAGGCACAAAUUUGGGAUACUGCUGGGCAAGAGAGGUAUCGUGCGAUAACUAGUGCAUACUAUCGUGGAGCAGUUGGUGCACUAAUUGUAUACGACAUUACACGUAAUGUAACGUUUGAAAACAUUGAAAGAUGGCUCAAGGAGCUUCGGGAUCACACAGAUCAAAACAUUGUGAUCAUGCUUGUGGGGAAUAAAGCCGAUCUACGUCACUUAAGGGCUGUUCAAACGGAAGAUGCAAAGGCAUUUGCUGAGCAAGAAAAUAACUUUUUCAUGGAAACGUCUGCUCUUGAAUCGUUAAACGUUGAGAAUGCUUUCACAGAAGUAUUGACUCAAAUAUAUCAUGUCGUGAGCAAGAAGGCGCUCGAUAUUGGUAACGAUCCCAUGGCUGUACCCAAGGGAAAAACAAUUAAUGUUGGAGGUAAAGAAGAAGUAACUGAAGUAAAGAAAUCAGGGUGUUGCUCUAGCUAAAUUAGUU